GUAAGCUCUGUCAGUACUGAAAAAUGAAAAAUACAGAAAAGAAUAUCGAUAGCUUAGAGGGUGCUGGGGAUGCAGCAGCUGAGAAAGAAGUGGAAACGAAACAAACGAGAAUGUCCGUGAUGAGCUUCAUCACUACAGAGUUGACCAGAGGAUACCUUUUAGAGAGAGAUAAAGCAAAAUUCUCAGAAAGAAGACAGAGAGUUUACACAUUUAUGAAAACUCCUCGAGAACUGGAAAAAUUCAUAGUGUAUGGAUUUUUCCAGUGUUUAGAUGCAUUCCUGUUUUAUUUCACAUUCCUUCCAGUAAGAAUUUUGCUAGCAUUGCUGAAGAUCUUGACCCAUCCAUGUGGAGUUCUUAUCCCAAGGUAUGAAGUUUUGGAGCCUGCACAGAUUUGUGACAUAUUGAAGGGGGUGAUUCUAGUGGUCUGUUUCCUUAUUGUUAAUUAUAUUGACACCUCAAUGAUGUAUCACCUAGUCAGAGGACAAGCAGUUAUCAAGCUUUAUGUUUUCUACAACAUGCUGGACAUGGCUGAUAAGUUGUUUUCAAGUUUUGGACAGGACAUCUUGGAUUCCUUAUUCUGGACAGCCACUGAACCAAAGGACAGAAAGAGAGAACACAUUGGGGUUCUUCCUCAUCUAGUGAUGGCAAUUAUUUAUGUUGUAAUCCAUACUCUUCUAAUACUGUUCCAAGCCACAGUCCUUCUAGUGGCCUUUAACUCCCACAACAAAGCCUUGCUAACAGUUAUGAUGUCAAAUAAUUUUGUUGAAAUAAAAGGCAGUCUCUUUAAGAAGAUAGACAAGGGAUUCCUCUACCACAUUUCUUGCAGUGAUGUGAAGGAAAGAUUUCUGUACAUUGUCUUGCUAGGAAUAGUCUUCAUCAGAAAUAUGACUGAGUUUUCCUGGGACCCCCAACAUGUUUGGGUUAUCCUGCCUGAUGCUGUAUUGGUGUUUGUUGCUGAAAUUUUGGUCGACUGGAUGAAGCAUGCAUUUAUUCUCAAGUUCAAUGAAAUAUCUGCAGAUGUUUACCAUUCCUUCUCCAUCAGACUGGCUGAGGACAUGGUGGCCAACAGACAAAGCAGGGCAUUCAUAGACUAUUCUGACUUGGUGUCCCGGAGGAUGGGUUUUACCCCUAUACCACUGGCCGUCCUACUAAUGAGGAUUUGUACAAAGUCAUUCAAGGUGUCCGGAUAUACAGGAGCAGGGCUUCUUGUUCUUCUAUAUCUGUGUUUGAUGACCUUUAAGGUGUUUAUCAGCAUUGUUCUAUUGGGUAAGGCAUACACACUCCUAGAGGAAAAAGAAAAGAUGGAAAUGGAAGAAAAACACAAGUUUUACAAGGAGCACUACACUAUUGACCAACAUUCCCUUGAUAAGUUUGACCAAGUCUAUCAAAAGGCCUCCAUAGGCAAGAUGAAAACAAAAGUUCCUCAGUGUAUGGAGUCUAAUUUAUCUCAGUCAAUUCCAAAUAUACAUGAAAAAUGUGCAGAGACAGAGCUUAGAAAGUGUGAUUCUGUGAUGGAGUUGCCUCUUUCAAGACACAAGAAAGUAAACCUUCAUUCAGACAUCUUAGAGGAAGGUAGUUCAAACAAUCAUUCCAAUAUGAAAGAAAAUGAUCUCUCUACAUUGCCAAAACAGGAUGAGGAAAUUCUGGAGUCAGGGGUGGAGGAGGUGUUAGAAUCCAGUGUGGAUCAAACUGUUAGGAAGAGGAUAAAAACAGAGUGUAUAGGAGAGAGGGUGUCUUCUACAGAGGAUGAUACACGCUGUACUCCUUCUAGGGAAAGAUUAAUCAGCACGGAGAGUACAGUGUGACCUUUGUGGCUUUGUCUCUGUGAAUCAUUUUAUUAUUUUCAAGGCUUCAUUUCACUGCUGGGCUGUGGAAACAGUUUUAGAACAGUUGUCUUUGCUUGAAUACAGUAUACAGCUUACGGUAUAAUUUGGUGCUACUUGUCUUGGAAGAUAUUUUAUUACAUGUCAAUAAGAAAUCCAUGUCACAUAAAUUGUUUAUUUUGCCUGAAGAUGCAAAAAGAUCAUAUGAUCACUGUUUGUCUAUGUUUUAUAUACUAAUUAUUACAAACUUUAAAGGUUACAUGCAUAUUAAGGUAUUCGUCAUAUCCAGCUGUACUUCCAUUUGUCUUUCCCACUGUGUCAGAACUCUACUUGUAUAAAGGAUGAAACUUAGCAGCUCAUACUUUGCACAAAAUGUAGUAUAUACUCAGAUAAUGUGUGUUGACCUUGAAGCAUGAUUAGUUGAACAACGUCACAUGAUUAAAAAUAUAAAAUUGAUAACAGAUCCCUAACUUGGUAGUGAUUAGUUAGAAUAAUCUAACUGUGUCUUGGGACAAGCCUUAAACUGUGUCUGUAGGACAAUAUCGUUUUAACGAUGGAAUGUUCUAUCUAGGUAGUCUGACUGCUAGGUAUCUAUAGCAGUCAUGCAGGUUUGAUUGCAGGUGGUCAGUGCCUCAAUGGCUCAUUUGGUAGAGCACCUUUCUGGAGUUCAUAGGGACCCUGGUUUGAAGAAAGGGUCUGGUCUGUUUCAUUUUUUUCCUUUGUGUUACACUUGGUGCUGUUGACCACCCUUGGACUUGCAGGAGAAAGUCUAACCAGGGAUAAAAGAAUCUUUAUAGUGUGUCUUCUAGAUCUGGGGCAAAAUCAUUUAAGGAGGGAAGAAUGUGGUGGUCAGGUUGGUUCAAUUGUUGGUGGCAAGAUAGUUCAGUUGACUGGAAAAUGUGCCAUGACCCUUACCUUGACAUAUUAAGGUCAUUUGAAUGUCAUAGAAAUUUACAGUGUCAAAAUGAUAGUGUUGUUUUGUUAUUUUUCAAACAUGCAUUGUUUGAGUGUUAGUUCCAUUGGAACAGCUAUAAUUUGAUUCCAAUUUUAUUAGAAUUUUAACUAAAAAUGAUAUCUGUGGAGAAAGGGAAGGAAAUUAUUUCAUAUAUACCCGAAAUCAAACAAUUAUUGGUUUUUAAGAAAUGUCAUGCAUGCACAAGUGUACAUAUAUAUUUAUAAUAAUUUCAGACACUUCAUUUACAAAAUAAUGACAUCAGUUACCAUUUUGACAAGUCAAUUUUGUCCUUUAAUAAUGUGCAUUAUGUAAAAAACAGGAUUUAAAUGUCUUUCUUUGUAUGUAAAUGGUGAAGAAAAUAAACAGUGAUCAAUUUCUAAAUCCAGUAAACAAAGUGAAUCAUGAACAGGGUAAAAACAGGGCCCCUGGAAACCCCACUAUGUAUAACACGUGUCUUUUAUGUUUGAAUUUGACGUGAAAUGCAUACCAUGGCAAGCACACAAGAUUAACUUUUAAAAGUUGUGACAGACAUGUGACAAAUGUUGUUAAUUUUAUUACAUUAACUGUUAUUGUUGAAAGAUAAUGAGUAAUUAGUACACCCACAGUUUAAUUGCACUGUCAGAAUGAGUAGGAUGAUUGGAAGAUAUUUUGUUUGUCGUAGGUGAAUGCAUUAUAAUACGUUCUUUAUUUCUAUUUAUAUGCAAAAGGUUCCAAUCAUAUUAUGUGAGUAAAGCUUUGUUAUUAGACAUAAAAAUUACAGAUUUAAUGGAAUUCCCAGCAUGUGUAUAGAGGAUAUUCAGUGUUUUGUUGUUGGAUAUGGAAUUUAUUUCACGAGUUUGACAGGAUUUUCUUUUUAUAUUUUCACAAGUGCAAGCACGAGUGAAAACAUAAAAAAAAUCCUGUCUCAUGCUAAAUGCAACUGAUUUUUCUCAUAAAAGUGUGUCCAGUUGUCUAGCUGGUCGAAUACAAUUGUCAAGUUUUAUUUCUUUACAGGCCAAAGUUAUUUGCUCAUUGGUCAAGUUCACAUUAUUGAAGCAUGGGAGCUGCUCAAUCAAGCCUGUCUUUCAUGAUUUUUAAAUUUUUUUUAGCUUUACUAGUCAAAAACCAGAAGAGCUUAUGACAUAGUAAGGUGUCUGUCAUCCAUCCUUCUGUCUCUAUGUAAGUAAUUUUUCAAAAUGUUUCUCUCUCAAGUAUCUAAAACUUUUGGUCUGAUUUCAAUAAAACAUGGUAGGCAAGUGGACUACACCAAGAAACGUCUUCUCUUUGUCUCAGUGAGUGGUGUUGCCAUGAUUACUAUAAAAAAAGGAAUUUCUGUGACCUUUUAAUGCUACUCCUCAUACCUUUUGUUCUGGUUUCAAGAAAAAACACAGAAGUUCUACAUUAAUUUAUGGGAGUACACAUUAAAAUUUUGAUGAACAAUGCUGUGAUGGUUAAUAAAGAUAAGAAUAAUUUGUGAAAUUCUUUCAGAUACACUACAUCUCCUACAGUUUGGGUUUGAUUUAAAUAAAAUCUGGCACACAAAAGUAUACUAUGAAACACUAUUCUAGUUGUAGGUGUUGCCUUAAAAAAAUACUAAAAAGAUGUGGUUUGGGCAUAUGGACCAUGGAUACAUUAGUGUUGGUAACUCAGUGAUUAGAGCCCCUAAAUAGUAUGCAUGGGUCCUGGGUUCGAUUCUUGGUCCAGCCAGAAAUUUUCUCCCUUUCUGUUGCAUUUGGUGUCAUGGAACACCCCUGGACUUGCAGAAGAAAGUCAUUCAAGAUGCUAAAGAACCUGCGUAGUGUGUCAUCAACGGCAAAGACAAUUUGAGGAGGGAGGAAUGUAAUGGUCUGGUUUAUCUGGACUGUGGAUAUUAGCCUGGGUAGCUCAGUGGUUAGAGCACCUGACUAGUAAUGCAGGGGUCCCUGGUUUGAUUCCUGGUCUAGCCAUAACUUGUGCAUGUUCCUGUUGCAAAGAGAAUAUAUUUGUAUGAAACAGAACUUGAUAAAAUAUUGUACCCCCCUCCCAUAAGUUCCACACCAGUAGAGUUACAAUAUAAUCAUUGACUUUUGGUUUUCAACAUACUGUGUGUCAAGCUUUUGGUGCAGUAUUUCCACACAUUGUAAGAUCUGCCAUGUAAUAUAAUGGUGCAAUUCAAGGUGUGAAUCCUUUUCAAUAAAUAUAAACUUUGAGAAAAG